AUGAAUUAUCCUGUUGAUGAAGUACCUCCAGACGUUAUUAGUCCUCAUGAUAACAAACCACAAAGAGAUGAGCCUUUGAAACAUUUGGACACUGUUAUUGCAUUGUACGAUUUUCCAGGAACUCAACCAUCACAUUUACCAUUGAAUUUGGGUGAUACGGUUCAUGUCUUAUCAAAAUCAUCAACUGGUUGGUGGGACGGUGUGGUGAUGUCAAGCAAUGGAGAACUACAGAGAGGCUGGUUUCCUCACAACUAUGUCCGCUCAGUGAAUUAUGUUCAGCCAGUCUUGAACAAAUUGAAGGACAACAAAGAACUCGAUUCGAUAACAGCAGCAAAUACUGCAGCAAAUGUUGUAAUGCCAUCCUUAACUAAUUUGAUUCAAAGAAGCCUACAAGAAUCUGAACGAAAUAGUCCGUUAAAUUCAACAAGAAAGAAUUCAGUUGUCAGUUUUGCUAGUUCUGAAACAAGCAUGCCGAGUGAGUCCAAGGGUAAUCAGCAAAAUCAACAGCAGCACCUGCAUCAACUGCAUUUUCCUCACUUGCAACAACAACAACAAUUAAACUUGAAUUUGGGUCCUCCAGCGGGGCAUCAUAACGUGGGGUCUGACGAGCAUGGGGAUUUCGAACUAGGACCUACUUCCCAGCAGCCUUCGAUUUCUCAUACAUUGACUGGAUUUGAAAGCGGUGAUGAUGAAAUCAACCUUGUGGAAUUGGAAGAAGCAGAAAGAUUGGUGGAUGAUUACAGAGUCCAACAUGGCAAGAUAGUGACGUGGAUUCCAAGAAAUACUACAAAGGGUGAUAUCGUCUUCUAUUGCGAACAAUUGGAUAUCUAUUGUGAAUCAUUUCCAUUGAUUACAUUUGAUGGAGACGCGAAGCUGCCCAAUUUGGUGUACCCAAAAGAUGAAGCUAUAUUACAGUCUUCAGUAAUACCAGUACAGGGUUCUCGGUCGAUGGAUAAUAUAUUGGGGCAACGAGAAGGGUCAACUGCUGGCACAUUUGAUCCUCUCAAGCGUGAUUCAAAUGUUUCCGUUAAUACUCAAAGUUCAGGUUCAUCAUACCACCGCUUUAGUCGUCCUUUUUUUUCAACAGAGAAGUUGUUCUAUAAGCACACUUCGGAUGUUAGUACUUGGACCAAGUUAAAAGAGCAUUGUAAUUAUAUUUUGGACUUGAUGUUGAAGGCAUUAAAGGAUCAAAAUAGACAAUUAUUUAGCACCCAUUUCACCAGAUUAAACAAAUUGGUGGUCCUUAUAUAUGGUGCGGCCAGAUUAAAUCAAGACGAUUAUGUUGAUACAAAGUACGAGGCUUCUGCCAAACGAAAAUUGAAACGAAUCUGUGCAUCAUUUGCCCAGAUAUACAUCAAUGGUAUCUUACAUUUAAGUGUAUUGCACUAUUCAGUUGACGAGUUUAGCGAAGGAAGUCAUUUUUUUGGGUACGAUAUAUCAAGGUUGAACAAAUCCAAUCCAAGUAGUGCCUUUCAAUCACCCGCAUCUUCGUUGUCCACCAUACGACAAGGAUCCGAAGAUAGUUUCCGCAUGAAUCAAAGGUUAUCAUCAGUUACUACUACUGCUGCAACUGUGGCUGCCAAUGCUGCUGCUAAUGCUAAUGCUAAUGCCAGUGCUGCUGCCAGUGCUGCCCACUUUUCCCCGGAUGAGGGUGUAAAUAGGGAUAUGAGUGAUGAUAUGAAUUACAAGAGUCAACUAAAGUAUGAAAUUGAAAACUUGAGGGCAAACACCAAUUCGCUUGUUAAAAUUUUUCUUAAACUCAGUAGGGAUAAGAAAAUCAAAAAUGCCGAUUAUGAUUCUUCAGAUGCAUCGGAAGAUGAAGGUGAAGAUCGAUAUGACAUCUUGCCCCAGGCAUACCCUCGAUUUUUAAUGGAAGAAUUCAAUGGAGGUAAUUGGUGUAAUCCAUUCUUUUCUACUAAUAAUCCAGUUUUGAAUGUCAGUGGUGAUGACUUAAAGAAUAGAUAUCACACAAAAAUAAUAAUCGAUCAUUCUGCAUACGACUCCGUGCUUCAAUAUCUGGAAAAGAUGAUUGAAUUGAGUGAAAAUACUUUGGAAUUCCUUGACCCAGGUGUUCAGGAAGUAUACUAUUAUAAUGAAAGUUUAAGGAAUGAUAGAAACACGCAAGUUUUGAGAUUGAUUUACAAGUACCUUUAUAAUGCUAGUUCUAUGAUUGAUUUGAUUGAAUCAUUUGAUUUCACUCUUUUUUGUUCAGUCAAAAAGUACUCUGGUCAUGGAGAUGAUAAUGAUGAUGAUUAUGGUGACGAUGACGAUGAUAUCAAAACUGCUGAAAGAGCCAAACACGACGGAGAGGAAGAUGCUUCCAGCAUUCCUGAUGAUGAUCAUGGUUCUGCUAUGCCACGUAAAAGGGCUGGGUCUAAUUUGACAUUUGAUUAUCCAGUUGUCUUGGAGUUUUUCCAGUUGAAACAAGAACUCCAUGAUUUGAUUUCAAAAAUUAUCAUGUCUACACAGUCGUUAACAUUAGAGGAUCCGGAGGUGUUCAAGGGAUUAAAAGACGAAGACCCAUUGUUUUAUAACCGAGAUGUCUUGCGUAUUCCAAAGGAGAAGGCAUCUUUGUUGUUGUCUAAUGUUCUUAUCGAUCAAGUGAAUAGCAGCAAAAGAAAUGCAAUUUCACUAAACCCAGAUACAUUAUUGUCGGAUUAUUUAAGUGAUGGUAUACAAGCAUGCCGAUCUGUAUUAAAGAUCACACAGCAAUUAAUUGAAGAACGUGAAACAAUAAUCAAUUAUGCCACCAGAGUGAUGCAAGACAAUUUUGAUGUUCAAUUACUUAUUGUGGAACGAAACAAUACUUCGUCAUCCGAGAAGACAGACGACCAUUCAUACUAUAUUGGUGGACACAAGAAAUCAAACGAUGUUCCGUGGUAUUUGGAAGGUGAUGAUGAAUAUGAACUAUUAUUGGAUGUUAAAGGUAAUAUUAAAGGAGGUACAAAGGAGGCUUUGGUAUCUCAUUUGACUCAUCACUUAAUGUUUGAUAGUACUUUUAAUUCGGUGUUCUUGUUGACUUUUGCGUCUAUGAUGUCUCUUGGUGAGUUGAUUGGAUUGUUGAUUGGUCGUUUCAACAUUGAACCACCAGAUGGUUUAAGUUACGAGGAGUAUAAUACUUGGAUUUCUAAGAAACAGAAUCCGAUUCGAUUGAGAGUUAUGAAUGUUAUGAAAUUAUUAGUGGAAAAAAACUGGUCUCGUUCGUAUUAUAAUGAAGCAAUAUUACGCAAAUGGUUGACAUUUGCAGAAUCUGGUCAAGUGCAAGCAUAUUCCGUGGGGAAAAUGUUGGCUAUUGACUUGAAGAAGUUAUUAAAAGGAGAAAUUAUUUAUGUGGAAAGAGAUCCUGUCAUACCAAAUACAAAACCGCCUGCACCAUUGACCAAAGUUUCGUCACUUCUGAAGAAGAUUAAAUUGUUGGACAUUGAUUAUGUUGAGUUGGCUCGUCAAUUGACGUUACGUGAGUUCAAAUUAUAUUGCAAAAUUACCAAGUAUGCUUGUUUAGCUAAGGUCUGGGGGAAGAAAUCGGGGCUUCAUGAAAGUAUUGAUAGUAUAACCCAGUUUAUCAAGGCUUCCAAUCAGUUGACUAACUUUGUCGGGUAUAUGAUCCUUAGAAAAGCUGAACCCAAGAAGAGGGUGCAAAUAAUUCGAUAUUUCAUUCAAGUUGCAGACAAGUGUCGUCAGUAUAACAACUUUUCGUCGAUGACUGCUAUCAUUUCGGCAUUGUAUUCAUCACCAAUUCAUCGUUUGAAGAAAACUUGGGAAUAUAUGAAUGGUGAUUCGUUAUCCCAUUUGAAGAAUAUGAAUAAAUUGAUGAACUCAUCACGUAACUUUAAUGAGUAUCGAGAUGUUUUGAAAUUUAUUGGUUCGGAACCUUGUGUACCAUUUUUUGGGGUUUAUUUAUCAGACUUGACAUUUGUUUAUCAUGGUAACCCGGACUAUUUAUACAACAGAACAAGACAAGUCAAUUUUGCCAAGCGAGCAAAGACUUCAGAAAUUGUAUCUGGAAUUGAUCGUUUCAAGACUACAGGCUACAACUUUCAAGAAGUUACAGAGAUUCAAAAGUAUCUUGAUUCUUGGUUUGAAAAGUGUCCUACGAUUGACGAGCAGUAUCAAAUAUCAUUGAAUUUAGAACCUAGAGAGCAAUCUACUAGUAAUAGUUCUAAUCUCAAAAGCUCCAAACCAUUUUCAUUAAGAUGA